CAGCGAAAACCCCGGCCGUGCUCCUCGGCCAGCCCCGCUCCCGGUGGGCGCGGCGGGCUUCGCUCCAGCCUGACUGAGAACCGCGCCGCACAGCCCACCCCCUUCCCGAGUUGGUUCCCGCCGCGCCUUCCGGUGCGCCUUCCGGUCCGCCUCCCGAGGCAGGAAGUGCAGGGCGCCGCCUCGGUCGCGCCACAGCCCCGCGAUCGUCGUAGUCGCCUGUCGUCUGGUGCAGGACAACCCGCGUUCUGGUGUCUGGGGGCGUGGUGUCAGGAAGAAUUCAGAAGUGUAAAAGAAAGAUUAUUUCACCUCCCUUACCGUUUCACAGAAUUAAGCAGCCACAAUGUCGAGCAAAAAGGCAAAGACCAAGACCACCAAGAAGCGCCCCCAGCGCGCAACAUCCAAUGUGUUCGCCAUGUUUGACCAGUCACAGAUUCAGGAGUUUAAAGAGGCCUUCAACAUGAUUGAUCAGAACAGAGAUGGUUUCAUUGACAAGGAAGAUUUGCAUGAUAUGCUCGCUUCUCUAGGAAAGAAUCCAACAGAUGCAUACCUUGAUGCCAUGAUGAAUGAGGCUCCAGGGCCCAUAAAUUUCACCAUGUUCCUCACAAUGUUUGGUGAGAAGUUAAAUGGCACAGAUCCAGAAGAUGUCAUCAGAAAUGCUUUUGCUUGCUUUGAUGAAGAAGCAACUGGCACCAUUCAGGAAGAUUACCUGAGAGAGCUGCUGACAACAAUGGGAGAUCGGUUUACAGAUGAGGAAGUAGAUGAGCUGUAUAGAGAAGCGCCUAUUGACAAAAAGGGAAAUUUCAAUUACAUUGAGUUCACACGCAUCCUUAAACAUGGAGCAAAAGAUAAAGAUGACUGAAAGAACUUUAGCUAACACCUUCCAAUUACUUUGUCUUACUCUGUUUUAUUUCCUCGACACUUUCCCCCAUCCUCACAGACCUGUUGCAUGCAACUUAGUUCCACAGCUUUGCCUCUUUUUUUUUUUUUUUAUGUAUUUAUUCUAGACUUUUCUGCCACUUAGCACUUGUAUAAUCAGACUGCAGAUGGGGAUAAGGUUGUAAAUUGUGUUGAAAAAGAGUUUGCAAAUAAAAAUCAACCAAUGUGAAAGCCCAGGAAAAUAUAUUUGGUAUUUCUAGUUUUGCUGGAUUUUUACAUUUUUAUAUAAUAAAAAUGUUAUUUUGAAAUAAAGAUUAUGCUGACUCAAA